AAAUAAAAAAUAAAUAAAAACUGUUUUCUAUAACACUAAUAUAACAAAGCAUGUACUUUUUACCGCAUUUAACCAACGGAUGGCAAGUGGAUCAAGCCAUUUUGUCAGAAGAAGACCGAGUUGUAAUUAUUCGGUUUGGACAUGAUUGGGAUCCCACGUGUAUGCAAAUGGAUGAAGUCUUGUAUAGUAUUGCAGAGAAAGUAAAGAAUUUUGCGUGUAUCUAUCUUGUUGAUAUUACAGAGGUUCCUGAUUUCAACAAGAUGUACGAAUUAUACGAUCCAUGCACAACCAUGUUCUUCUUUCGUAAUAAACAUAUCAUGGUUGAUUUGGGUACGGGUAAUAACAACAAGAUUAACUGGGCUUUGGAUGAUAAGCAAGAGAUGAUUGAUUUGGUUGAAACUGUAUAUCGUGGAGCCAGAAAAGGCAGAGGUUUAGUGGUGUCACUAAAAGAUUACUCGACAAAGUACCAAUAUUAAUGAAUCAUGGAGUGAGACAAAGCAUAAAAAAAAAAAAAAAAGUCAUCUCAUUAUUUUUUUUUUUUUUUUUUUAAUAAUAAUAUAUUAUUUGAUAACAACA